UUCAUUUCUAGUUUUGUUUCUUAUUUAUAUUCUCCUGGGGUUUUUAUUGUAAUGUCUUUGCUUUCCCUUGUGUUUUUAAUUCCUUCAUUCAUUAUUUUCUAUGAUUCUAUUUUCUGAAGUUUUAGGAGGCUAAUCCAGCUCCUAAUGUGUGUGCUGGCAUGUGCUCAUAGAGGACUGGUGCUGUGUGUGGGUGAAACUGGACACUCAUUUUCCAGGUCGAAGCUGCUGGUCUCAGCUGUGAUUUUACCAGUUCCCUGAAAGAGAAUACCCUGUACCUUCACAGAGUCAGGCGCGGCCUCCUGAGCCCGGCGGAAGCCCCUGGGUGUUUCCGGCGCAUGGAGCCAUGGCCCUGCUCCCCGGGCACGCGGAGCCCCCUGGCGGCGGCGCUGUGGGCGGCGGGGCCCGCGCCCGGCACGUCAUCAUCAAUGUGGGCGGCUGCCGCGUGCGCCUGGCCUGGGCCGCGCUUGCGCAGUGCCCCCUCGCGCGCCUGGAGCGCCUGCGCGCCUGCCGCGGCCACGACGAGCUGCUGCGCGUGUGCGACGACUACGACGUGAGCCGCGACGAGUUCUUCUUCGACCGCAGCCCGUGCGCCUUCCGCGCCAUCGUGGCGCUGCUGCGCGCGGGGAAGCUGCGGCUGCUGCGGGGCCCGUGCGCGCUGGCCUUCCGCGACGAGCUGGCCUACUGGGGCAUCGACGAGGCGCGCCUGGAGCGCUGCUGCCUGCGCCGCCUGCGCCGCCGCGAGGAGGAGGCGGCCGAGGCGCGCGCGGAGCCGGCGGAGCGCGGGGCGCAGGGGAGCCCGGCGCGCGCCCUGGGGCCCCGGGGGCGGCUGCAGCGCGGCCGGCGGCGCCUGCGCGACGUGGUGGACAACCCGCACUCGGGGCUGGCGGGCAAGCUCUUCGCCUGCCUGUCCGUGUCCUUUGUGGCCGUCACGGCCGUGGGCCUCUGCUUGAGCACGAUGCCGGACAUCCGCGCCGAGGAGGAGCGGGGCGAGUGCUCCCCCAAGUGCCGCAGCCUGUUCGUGCUCGAGACCGUGUGCGUGGCCUGGUUCUCCUUCGAGUUCCUGCUGCGCUCCCUGCAGGCCGAGAGCAAGUGCGCCUUCCUGCGGGCACCGCUCAACGUCAUCGACAUCCUGGCGCUGCUGCCGUUCUACGUGUCGCUGCUGCUCGGGCUGGCGGCUGGCCCGGGAGGGAGCAAGCUCCUGGAGCGCGCGGGGCUGGUGCUUCGGCUGCUGCGCGCGCUGCGCGUGCUCUACGUGAUGCGCCUGGCGCGCCACUCUCUGGGGCUGCGCUCGCUGGGCCUGACCGUGCGCCGCUGCGCGCGCGAGUUCGGGCUGCUGCUGCUGUUCCUCUGCGUGGCCAUGGCGCUCUUCGCGCCGCUGGUGCACCUGGCCGAGCGCGAGCUGGGCGCGCGCCGCGACUUCUCCAGCGUGCCCGCCAGCUACUGGUGGGCCGUGAUCUCCAUGACCACCGUGGGCUACGGCGACAUGGUCCCGCGCAGCCUGCCCGGCCAGGUGGUGGCGCUCAGCAGCAUCCUCAGCGGCAUCCUGCUCAUGGCCUUCCCGGUCACCUCCAUCUUCCACACCUUCUCGCGCUCCUACUCCGAGCUCAAGGAGCAGCAGCAGCGCGCGGCCAGCCCCGAGCCGGCCCUGCGCGAGGACAGCACGCGCUCGGCCACGGCCACCGAGGACAGCUCGCAGGGCCCCGACAGCACGGGCCUGGCCGCCGACUCUGCAGACGCGCUGUGGGCCCGGGCACGGCCCUGACGCCGGCACCACCCACACGAAGACCCCUCCACACCAGCUGCAGCGUCGGGAACCCGGAGGCGCGCGGGGCGUCUGGCCCGGGGGAGCGGGUCCUGCAGGCCGCGUCCUCGGCCCUCGUGCAUGAGGAGUCCCAGAACUAGGCCGGGCCCCGCCUGGAAGCCACUGGCCUGUGACCUCCUGCCCCUCCCCUUUCCGUGGAUUUUUAAUUUUCUAUGCCUAGCUAAAAAUAAAUUUAGUAAGUCCCAGAAA